AUGAGGUGGCCUCGAUGUGGCGAUGACAAGGGCGCUGAUGAGGAUGGUGACAUGGCGCUGGUGAUGGAUAAGCUCGCCCGGGGCAGCUCCGUGGUGACCGGCGGCGGCAUUCUGGUGAUUCCCGGCGGGGCCAAGACGCGGACAGGGUGCGGCGCGCGGCGGCGGAGCUGGGGGCGUCGGCGGCGUGGCCUAGGGAGAUCCUUGCUGGCGACAAGAGGCGGAUGGAGGCGACGCAGUGGUGGCGGCUUCGGCGUGGCAUUCCGGCCGCCUGGCGGCGUGGCUGGGCGAGGGGAGAAGGAGGGGCGAUGGAGCUUUAUGAGGAGGGGCUCGGCCGAGGGGGGGAGGUGGGGCGAGUGGGAGGGAGAGGUGGCCGGGGUGGGAAGAGAGAGUGUGGUGGAGGUUGAGGAAGGGCCUGACGGUUGGGGCCCGCCGACAGGAGAGGGAGAGAGAGAGAGGGCGCGUGGGCCGGCGGUGCUGGGCCGUUUUGGCCACCUAGAGUGCAAUGUUGAAUGGAGUAUGGUGAAUCAUGUGCCUCUUGAAAAACCAGCUUCUGAAGUUCAGGGUCUUGGGAUCCUCAUCUAG